UACAAGGAGUUACAACUUCAUAUUUGUUUUUGUUUGUGUUUGUCAGUAAAUAGUAAAUUUAAAUAAAAAAUUCUAGUUUUAAAACAAAAGUACAGUUUAGUGCUUUGCACAUAAAAAUGGAAAACUUGAAUGUAACAAUACAAGAUUUUAUGCAGAUUUGUCGCAGUUGUCUUUCUAGAAAUAAUUUGUCCCCCAUAAACCAAAAUAGUAUAAAUAUAUUUGAUAAAAUUGCUGAUGUGAAGAUAGAUCUGGAUGACGAUUUGCCAAAACAACUAUGUAAUGAGUGUGUCACUAAAACAAUCACUAUUUCUUCCUUUAUACAGAUAGUAAAAAGUAAUGAUGUGUAUAUACGACAAGUAUAUGAAAGCAGUAAGAAGAUCAAGUUACAUCCGCAGAUUGAUGAUCAUGAAUCAGAUAUUAGUUGUGAUGCUGACCAAGAUAUAUUUUCCAAAGAUGAGAUUUCCGUUAAUGACAGUAUUUUAAAAUCUGAAAAUGGUGAAAGUGAGAGGGAAACAUUAAACGAUAUUGGUAUUAAACAUGAAAGCACUAAGAUGUUUAAAUGUAACAACUGUGAUAAAACAUUUGCUAAAAAGCAUAAUUUAAACCAGCAUUUAAAAGCUCAUAGCAAAUUAACUGUAUACGACUGUAAAAUUUGUUUAAAAAGAUUUCAACGAAUAUCUAGCCUACGGAGACAUGAUAAGAUAGUUCAUAAGGGAAUUAAACCCUUCAAAUGUGAAAUAUGUAAUAAGGAAUUUGCAACUCCUCUACGUAAACAAGAACAUCUUCGCAUUCACACAGGAGAAAGGCCAUACGUCUGCAACAUCUGCGGUUUUACCUUUAAGAAAUAUUCCACUUACUACGCCCAUGAUAUACGACAUAAAAUAAAAAGAGGGGAAAUCCCCAAGAGCACUAAAAUACCCAAAAAAUAUCCAACGAAACCGCCCAAAAAUAAAAAAGAUCUAGAAUGCGAGUUUUGUCAAAAGUCUUUUUCAUCCAAGCAAGCGGUUUCGGUGCACAAACAGAUUCAUUUCGGAGAAAAGUGUUUUUUGUGUACGGAAUGCGGAAAAAGUUUCAUGAGGAAGAACCAUCUAGAAGUACAUGUUAGGAUUCAUACUGGUGAAAAACCCUAUCAAUGCAACGACUGCGGUAAAGAUUUUCGACAGCCAGGAGCUUAUAAGAAUCACUUACUGAUCCAUAACAACAAACGUCCACAUAAAUGUGAUGUAUGUGAGAAGAGUUUUGUUCAAAUCGGCCAUCUUCAGAGUCACAUUAAAAUCCAUACUGGGGAGAAACCAUACGAAUGUACUCUUUGCGGAAAAGCUUUUGCUCAAAGUGGAAAUUUAAGGGCGCAUACACGAAUUCAUACCAAUGAGAGACCGUUCAGAUGUGAGAUUUGCUGCUUGGGAUUUUUUGAUUCUAGCUCUUUGAAGAAACAUAAGAGAACACAUGAUAGAAUUGAAGUUAAAAAUGAAGAUCCAGGCCAGUAGGUUGAAUUUUUCUGUAUGUACUAUGCACGAGAAUCAUGUGAUUUCUCUUAUUGUGAAAUACUUAUCAUGUUACAUAUUGUAUAUACUGUAACAUAAAUUAAACCUAGAUGGGAAGAAAGGAUGCUCAGAAGUUGGGAAGAUUUCCAGGUCUAAGGUCGUUCAAUUUGCGAACCGGCUCGCCAGUGUUUUGAAGGACACAACGGCGGGUAGUGGGGUCUGCAGAUCUCUAAAUGAAGAAAGAAAACACUGAAGUCAGAAAGAAAGUAAAAAGGUGAAUCGUGGUAACUGAAAGAAAAGUGGAUAAAAACGGAUAAAGUAAAAAGGAAAAAGGGCGACAAUUUAGUUUUUCUUUGAGCAACAAGGAAAACUCAAGAAUCCUACAUUUUAGAGGAUUUAUAAACAAAUAAAAAAUAUAAACACAAUAGAACAUGGUAAUUAUAUUACUAAAAUGUUCCAAAAAUGGAACAAUCCCCAUUUAUUGUACCUUAUUUGGUCGUUUUUAAAAAUCAUUAGAAUUUAUUGGCAGUCCGAGAGAAGGUAGGUUUAGUAAAGACAGAAAUAAUAGUCAGGUAUCUACUAAUUAUGUUGAUUGUUGUCUAAAUUAUAAAAAUUCAGAUAAUUGUACAUAUUAAACUUAUUUUAUGAACAAUAAUGUUCAAUACACAAUGAUACUUGUAAAACAAUUAAAUAAUAUUCAGAGAGGAUCUAAAUUAUGGAAUAAAUUCAUUUUCUCUAAAAUGGACGACUUUGGAGAAAAAUCCCGAAACAGGUCGAUUUUUAUUUUUAAAUUACAAUUGUUUGGCAUAUAUUUCAUACUAGUGGCGUCAUCUCAUACUAGUGACACUAUGAUUUUUUUAAAUGGGAAUAAAGGGGCACUUCAUUUGAAAGAGUGUUCAAUUCUCUAUUCAGUAAUAUAAACGAUAAUAUCAUUAUUUAUACAGGG